UGUGAACGAGCUGAGCAAGCGCAUCCUGACGCUAGACUGGUUCCUUCUUCUUCACGGCCACCACUGAGCUCUUCUACAACUUCGAAAAUCAUGUGACGGUAUAUGACUUUUUUGAGAGAGCAAUGGCUGAUCUAAAUGUUUACUCUCAUAUUUCGAAAAUUUCAAGGGCCUAACCCAAACAUAGUGACUUCUGAUCUUUAAGUCGAUACCAGGAGAGAUGAAGUCCAAAUAGGAAAAUGAUUUGACGAAGAUAACCAUUACUGCUUUGGGCCAGAUAAUCUCUGUACAAUAACAACUUGUAGAUGUCGUCCUUUCAAUGGAAUAAUGAAAACAUUCCAAAAGAUGAAACAAGAGUUCUGUACUCGGCUGUUUUCGGCACCUUUAGCGGUCGUUGCUAUGGCAGUAUUGUGGACAGCGGUGGCGCCGCUUGUGGCUGAAGGCUGUUUACAGUGUAAACAUAAGUCAAUACGCAAGAGGAACGAUAAAUUUCCGAAUGACAGAGAAGCAGUAAAAGAAACAAUGAGUAAUUUCGACAGAGUACUUCAGAUGAUUGACGAAGUAACCAAUUCAAACUUUUGUGAAAACCACGAGAAAUAUCGUUCUCUUCCUUUAGAGAUGCCGACAAAUUUGUUUGAUAUUGUUCGUCAGAAGGUGGAUUUGGUUGCCAGGGUUUUGGAAGGGUAUUUCCCACACAAAAAUGAAGGAGUGCUUAAGACAUUUGUGAAGGAAAUUUUUCGGUCGGGCGACGUGAUUUUCACCACUCGAAUUGCGUGGACAGGAAAUGGAACAAUAUGGCAACCGGUUUAUUACAUUCAAAUGAGACGGACCUCAAGCUCUAGUGAAUUUAACUCGAAAUUGGAAGAGCGUCAUAAUUAUUCACUGAAUGAAAACAGGCCUUGGCUGGACUAUAUAAGCGCAUUCUUCCGGGGAGGAUCUAAAACAGAAAACAAGUCUCCCAGGAAAAAUAACUUCGAACUAGGACGUUGGACUAAACCAUAUUAUACAUGCGAUGAGAGAAAAUGGUUGCUGUCUUAUACAACACUAUUAUACGCAAAACUGAAAGGAGUCCGAGCGAAUAAGGACAACGAACGGUAUGUGUUUGGUAAUUUGCUGUAA